UGAUAGAUGGUUCCACUCUAAGAACAGAAGAAAGACAAAGACUGGCCAGGGAGCGUAGAGAAGAGCGGGAAAAGCAACAUGCUGCCAAAGAGACGCAAAUCCUUGAAAAGGAGAGAAAAGCAAAACUCCAGUAUGAAAAACAGUUAGAAGAAAGGCAGAGAAAGCUAAAGGAACAGAAGCAGAAAGAGGAACAACGGAGAGCAGCAGUAGAAGAAAAGAGAAAACAAAAGAUAGAGGAGGAAAAGGAGCGAUAUGAAGCAGUUAUGCAUCGUACCUUGGAACGGAAUCAGCGACUGGAAACACGGCAGAAGAGAUGGUCAUGGGGAGGUUCUGUAACUCCAGAUGCAGAGAGCAAAACAGAACAACAGACAGCAGCUGAAGGUGGAACUGGUGCCAGCAAGCGGUCCACCUCCACAGCAAACCUCAAACAGACAGAAGCUGUCAUGAAUAAACGUCUGUCGUCAUCCGCGGCGCUUCUAAACGCUUCUGAUCGAAGUACCACAAAGAGAAGUGCCUCAUUAAACAGACUGAAUAACAAAGUUCCUCUACAUUCUCAGCAGCCAGCACUCAAAGGUUCGCAGGUGGAACAGAAAGGAGGAACAGAAAAGAAGAGGAGCACAUCUUUGAGUAGAAUGAGUAGUAAACCCCAGUCCUCUCCAGAACUAGAAAAAGUGAAAAAGGAAGAAAAACCAGCUCGUCGCUCCCAGCUCAGUCCCCUGGACAGUAGCGUAAUCAGUCGCCUCCUCGCCCCCACACAGGCCUCCUUAGCUAGGAGUAAAAGUGCUGCUACAUUAUCGGCUGAUGGACAAGAUCCCUCAGAAUCUCACCUCUGUCCUCGUUCAGCUUCAGCCAGUUCCAUCAAUUCCCCAGUCCCAGCUCCUAAAGUGCCCGUGCGCAGUCGUAGCAUCGACAGAUUGAAGUCCUCUGUAUCCUCAUCUGACGCAAGUUCACCGGAUUCAACCCAGAAAUCAGAGAUGGAAAAAGCAUCCCCGGGUUCUGGGUUACGACGCCCUCCCUCACCCUCUGUGUCUGCCCGUAGAAGAUCCCCUUCUCCUGCUAACUUGGUGAAGCGUCCUCCAUCACCUUCUACACUCCGACAGAAGACUCGCCCACCUUCACCAAGCGUGUCAAAACAAAGGCCACCAUCUCCUACUCCAGUCUCUAAACCAGCGCCCAUCCAGCGUCCAGCUCUGACGCCGGGUGUUAUAAAUAUUACCAAAAAGAAAACUGAAGCAGAGAGCAAACCAAAGGAAAAGAGCACAGAAGUAACAGGACAAGAGCAGGGUGCUUCCCCAGCCUUGGACAGGGAUGCCGUAGCAGCUAGCACAAAGACCAAAGAAGAAUCAGGUAGCAAAACAGUAGCAGGGACCACCACAGCUGAAGAAGCUGCUAAAAUCCUGGCAGAGAAGCGACGUCUAGCACGGGAGCAAAGAGAGCGUGAAGACCAAGAAAGAAUUCAGAGACAGGAAGAGGAAAGAAUCAGAGACGAAGAAACGGCCAAGAGAGCAACUGAGGAGAAGGCACAGCGGGAGGAAGAGCUCCGCAAGCAGGAGGAGGAAAAGAGACUGGCUUACGAAGAGCAGCAAAGACAAGCUGAGGAGGAGAGGAUCCGCCGAGAACAGGAAGAGCAGGAAAAACUUGCGGAGCUUCAACAGCAGAGAGAAGAAGCUGAAGCAAAAGCUCAGGAAGAGGCUGAAAGGCAGCGGCUGGAAAGAGAGAGAAUUAUGCAGCAAAAUAUGCAGGAAAGGCUUGAAAGAAAAAAGAGAAUCGAAGAAAUAAUGAAAAGAACACGAAAAUCGGAUCAAAACGAAUCCAAGUUGCAGAAUGAAGGGAAGUCUGCCGCUGAGGCUAUGGAGGGAGAGGAUAUUGAAGAGGAGGAAGAGUUGGGUCUUGAGAAGACUGAUCAACCAGGAAAGCUCAAUGGCGUUGACUUGCCCCAAGAAGGGGCAGAGGGUUGUUUAGAGACUGCGUGUGGCUUGAUCUCCACAGACCUUGAGGAGCAAGAUGUGCUGGAGUCGAAGGCCAGUGAAGUGUUUAUGAACGGAGGCGAUUUGGAAAGCGACGCGGAGUGUCUGAUUGUUACGGGAUUAAAAGAUUCCAGCUACCCUGCAAAAGAAAUGGUUAUUGAUGACACGGUGAAGUUGGGUGUUAACGAAGCUGAUCGUACAGUUGGACUUACUCAGAAUCUUAAUGGAAAAUCUGGUUCAUGGACUUUUGAGGAGUUUAUUGACGUUGGAGUACAUUCCAAGUCAACCAAACUGACCUCAGACAGCAUCUCUGCUGGUAACUGUGAUCAAAACUUGAAUGAUGCUGCUACAAUACCUUCUAGUCCCAAAUUGGCUUUUGAGGAAGAUGGUGCAGUGAAUUCAUUGACCAAACCUGUAGAUGCUUCAUCAGGUAAUCCAAGCUGA